UCUCCGAGCAGCUUGGUCCUCCUCUUCCUCUCCAGAGGUUUAAAUUGUGUUAGUUUUUUUUUUUAUUUUUUAGAAAAGAAGUGCCAACAAUUUAAAAAUCCUCAGCCUCACCGGGAGGACCGCACGCCACCGGUGAAGAGUGAAGUUUAAACCCGCAGCUGCUGCUCUGGAGACGGCGGACCCGACCCUUUCACGGUCCCACAUCUCCUCAACCUGUGCUUCUUCAAAUAUAUAAAUUUACAUACAUAUUUUUGGAAGUUUUCGUCGACUUCAGUGAAGUUCCCCCCCUCCCACACACCGGCAUAAUGACUCGGAGAUCCUGUGCGAUUUACGCCACCGGCAUCGUCUGCGCUCACCUCCUGAUCGUGGGGAUCGCCCUGGUCGUCGCUCAGGUCUUCCAAACGAUGAUAAACAGCCGGCUAAAAAAGGAAAUUACUUUGACAGAGAAGAGUCAGAUGUUUGAGUCAUGGAAGAACCCACCCCCACCUGUUUACAUGGAGUAUUACUUCUUCAACGUUACCAAUCCUGAGGAGUUUUUGGCAGGAGGGAAGGCGUCUGUCAAACAGAUCGGCCCUUACACUUACAGGGAAUACCGGCCAAGGGAAAAUGUAACUUUCUUGGAAAACGGCACAAAGGUUUAUGCCCUGAACCCCAAAUCCUUUGUCUUUGUUCCUGAGAAGUCGGCUGGUGACCCCGAGGUCGACAUUAUCAGGACAGUCAACAUCCCAUAUGUGGCGGUGAUGAACGAGAUGAACUCCUACAGCUUCUAUGUGCGGCCCAUGGUGUCCAUGUAUGUAGGCUCCCUGGGCGUUGAAAUUUUCAUGACCCGCACCGUCCAUGAGAUUCUGUGGGGCUUCAAGGACCCUCUCCUUUCAAAGAUCCACAGACUUAAGCGAGAAGUGGAUGAAUACUUUGGUCUGAUGUGGAAGAAAAACGGCACUCAUGAAGGAGAGUUUGUGUUUCACACCGGAGAGCAGAACUACUUGGAUUACGGAAAGAUCGACACCUGGAAUGGCCUGAGGAAAAUGACAUGGUGGUCCUCCAAUCAGAGCAACAUGAUCAACGGCACGGACGGCGCCGUCUUCCACCCGCUCAUCGACAGGAACGAGCUGCUGUACAUCUUCGCCGCUGACCUCUGCCGGUCCAUUCAUCUGGCGUAUGUGGAGGACGUGGAGGUGAAGGGAAUCCAGGCGUACCGCUUCGCCCCCCCCAACGACGUCCUCAUGAACCCCAAGGAAAACCCCACCAACGCCGGCUUCUGCGUGCCGGCGGGAGAGUGCCUGGGCACCGGGGUGCUGAAAGUCAGCGUUUGUCGAGAAGGUGCUCCCAUCGUCGUUUCCUUCCCUCACUUCUACCAGGCCGACCCGGCGUACAUCAACGCCGUCGGCGGGAUGAACCCCAACAAGGAGGAACACGAGACGUACCUGGACUUACAGCCGACUACCGGUGUUCCCAUCCGCGCCUGUAAGAGAGCUCAGCUCAACAUCAUCCUGAAAAGAGUCCCGGGCUUCCCUAAAACGAAGUUCAUCAACGAGACAAUUUUCCCCAUCAUGUUUGUCAACGAGACGGCAACCAUCGAUGAUGACUCUGCGUCUCAGAUGAGGACGCUGCUCCUCAUCCUCACUCUUGUCUCUAACUUCCCGCUGAUCAUCGUGGGGUUGGGGAUCAUCCUGCUGCUGGUGCUUGUUGUGUUAUUCUGCAGGAACCGUCAGAAGAAGAAUGAAGUUAAACGAAUAGAUUUUACCGAGGCUUUUCAUUCUUUCACUACGGCGAAAGACGACACCGCGUACACACAAGUCAGCGACAAGCCGGACGACUCGUCAGAAAAGCCGGCCAACCAGCCGAUGAAGAACGGCUCCUACAUCGCCAUGUCGCCGGUGGAGGCCCAGAAGUGUUGAUUGAGGAUUCCUCUACCCAAGCGUGGAGAUCCAGAGGGCUGUGGGUUGUUUCAUUAGCGUGGGUGGGGGAGGACACAGUGCGACACAAACCCUGGAGAUCGUUUAGCCUACAAAGACAUUGAUCCUCUUCCUGAGCACUCUUCUGACCGUCUAUCCUCCUGCCUGCAGGACUGCAACACAACGCAACCCCUCCCCUGCCGUGCGUAAACACCUCUGUCCUGGCAGACCCUGAACACAGAGGGACUUUUCAAACUGGGAAUGGUUGGAUUCCACCAGGAAUACAAUAAAAAAUUGCUUUUUCCAUAAUUCUACUAAGGGAAAAUUAAAAACUUAGCGUAGUCAUCCCUGUUGCACACGGAUGCAUGAUCCUCUGGGCAGACGCCGCUGGUGAAACUCGGUGUUUCGCUUUAACUCGAACAACAGCGGGUGUCGUUACAGUCGUUUUCUGUCAGUGCUAUGAGAGGAGAAAACUUUGAGCCUUCAGAUUAAAAAUCCCUUACAAACCUGAAAAACCUCCUGGGAUCAGACGAGUUAGCAGAUUUGCAAGCAAACAUAAACUUAAUAUAUUUUGUAAGGAAAGCAUAAAAAAACAACAACUGAGCCUUUUUUUCCAAGACAAGUUUGUGCAUCUCCAGGUUAUUCACAUUGCACUUCCAGUAUGAGUCAGUGAAUCUGUGUGUGCACCUUUAUUUUUAAAUGGACUACUGGUUUUUCCUAAUGCAGGCACAGUUUAAUAUAAAACCUGAAAUACUCGUGACUUUUGACCCUCUUUGUUUUCUCCCAUGUUUUCUUUCCUUGAAACACUAUUUAGAGUGAAAAUCCCUGGUUUGAGGCGUCUUCGCUUUAAAAUUCAUAAAAAUAUUCACAAAUUAUAAAAAAAAAAAGGAAUAAAACACCAACUUAACUUACAAGGGAGACUUGAACCUGUUUCUGCCUUAUCGGGUUCAGCGUAUUCAGAUAAGCUGGAAACACUUCUACUGUACAUAUUUAAAGGGGAACUAACUGAGAUACCUCUGACCAAAUCCAGCUGGCAGUCGCAGGCUUGCCGAGAGACACUAAUUUCACUCUGGUGUCGAUGUUAUUACUGCUACUUAUUAGAGAUGAAAAGCACAAUUUGGAUUGCGGGAAUCUUCUUCUUUUCUUCUUCUUUUGUUUUUGUAUUUGCAGCUGAUUUGUCAGAGACACUGUCAGGUGCCAUGUGUGUUCAGACCCCGGCGUGCCGCUCGCCGCUGUGCACUCACUCAGUUUGCCAAGGAGCUGCAGGCGUUCAGGCAAACUCAGCACACAGCCCUUGAAUCACUGUUCGUCUUACGUCUUCUCUGUGUGUCCGCCACAUUUGUCAAGACUCCCUCCGGCGGUCUCUGGUAGGGAGUGGAUUUAAGGCCAUAAAACUGUCAACCUAAAAAAACUAGUCCUGUACUUUGCCUGGAAAUGUUUUAUUUGUUGUUAUUUGUCCUGAUUGUUUCAAUUCAAGUGGUCCAUUUGUGUUCAGCACAUUUCAAAGGUUUGUCUCUGUGUUAUCUGCUUUCAGACACCUGUUGGGGUGUCUUCUUUUUGAUAUUUUUUUGUAUUUGUUACUGCUGCUAAAAUUGCCAUGACCUAUGGACUCGUAUUUGUAUUCACCACCUCGUGCUCUCAUUGGGUUUCUGGAGGCUUUUUCUUCUGUUGCCAACUUGAGCACAAAGCCCAAAGCUUGCUGCCAUCUAUUAAACUUAGUGAUUAGUUAUCACUGUUUCCAAAUCUAUCAUACUGAAAUCACUCAUGUAUUUAAACAAAGAGGAUCUGAGCAUAUCAUAUGUAUCAUCUUGGGAGCUACUCUGUUUAAACGUCUUUAAAGGGGUUGAGCCACGCUUGCAUCAUCUAUUAUAUUUCCAAUUAAAAAUUCAGAUUAGUUCUGAAUUAUUUUUUUUUUCAGAAGGUGCACCAAAAAUCCUCCCCAAAAAGACAGUUUCUUAAGUUUAUUUGUGCUGAGCGAACAGUUUUAUGAGUAUAUAUUUAACCUCUGAGCCAAAAACCAAUGUUUUCAAGUUAGAUCCAUUCGCUCCAUACAUGCAGCCAACUACCACUUUUUGCAAACUCACAGUUCAUAGUCGUUCACCUUGCUUAAUAUCCCUGAAAAACCUUAAUCCAGGGAGCCGAGUCAUCCUGUUCAAACACGCCGACCCGAUCCGCACUCCACUCCGCUGACCCAUGAGUUUGGCUCGACCAAAGAUAACCCCAAUCGAUCCACUCUGGGCGCUGUGUUUGCUCUCUGUGAUAACUGCUGUGCCACUAAACCGCCACCGCCUAACUUUGACAAGGAGGGAAAAAAAAAAAAAAGAAUUGUGCCACCACUUAUGUGAAGUAUUUGCAACAGUGUUGUCUGAACGCACGUGUGAGUGUGUGCCUUUUUACACUAAGGCGACGGAUUUAAAAAGAAAAAAUAAUGGGUAUUGCUUUCUUUUUCUAAAAAAAAAAAAAACAAACUUGGUGCAGAACAUAAGUAAUCAGUGCUCUUUGAGAAGCAAAAAUCUCAGUGUUAUGUAAGACAAAGCAAUACGGAGUUGUGUGAGGAAAAAAUAAAACAAAUUGUGAAUGUUUCUUUAAAGGGGCCAAGUAAUAUUUAAGUUUUUGAGUUUCUGUUAGUUGUAUUACCUUUCUUCUGUCUGUAGCAUUAUUUAGCCAUUUCUUUUGUCCACCUAUUUCACUGUCUAUCAUUUCAAUUUUUUUUAUUUGUACUGAAAAUGUAAUAAACAUAAGUGUAAAAGAUGGA